AUGAAAGGCGUCAACCCCCUUCUCAAAAGCGACUCAGUCGACUUCAUCUCCCCCCUCCAGGCCGAUGUCUCCCAUCUCUGCGACACCCUCUUCUCCCUCAUUGAGAAGAGCUGUCCCCCUGCCACCAUCGCCCUCCUCGGCAACGUCAAAACCCUCGCCAAGAUCUACGACGUCUCCAGCAAGGACGACAAGGCCUUUGCCAACCUCGCAAACCUCAUCGAAUCCCUCUCGGUCGACCAGCUCACCAUCAUCGGCUCCCUCUUCUCCAACAUGUGCAACCUCGCCAACCUCGCCGAGCACGUCCACCGCAUUCGUCGCCGAAAGGCCUUUGAUCGGGGCGAGUCCUCAUUUCUUUCGCGUCACUCCCUCGAAGAAAUCGUCGACGACCUCCAACGCAACGGCUUUUCGCUCCACCAGAUUCGCGACCAGAUCUGCUCCCAGACCGUCGAGAUGGUCCUCACCGCACACCCCACCCAGGCCGUCCGUCGCUCUAUUCUCGCAAAGCUUCACGACAUCGCAAAAAUCAUCGAAGCCAGUCAUGAUGCUUAUCUUACACCGGAGCAGAGUCGUAUCAAUGAGGAGCUUCUCAAAGCAAAUCUCCUUUGCCUGUGGCGCACAGACGAGGUCCGUCGUUCCAAGCCAAAACCAGAGGAUGAGGCUAGGAAUAUUAUCCAUGUCAUCGAGGAGACCGCUUGGCAUGCCACCCCUAUCUAUAUCUCCCGAAUGGAUCACUUUUUUAUCAAGAAUGGCCUUAAGCCUAUCCCUCUACAUGCAACUCCUUUUGUUUUCGGAUCCUGGGCUGGCGGCGACCGUGAUGGUAAUCCAUUUGUUACCCCGGAUGUAACAGUAGAGGUCGUCAAUAUCAAUCGCUACCGCGCUGCAUGCCUCUAUCUUGCUGAGAUUGAAAGCUUGCUCUUUGAUCUCUCGAUUCACUAUGGUUCCGAUGAACUCCUCGACUAUAACAAGAAGAUCGCCAAGCAAACCGACCAAGCCGCCAAAUCACGUCCGGACCUCAACGUCACCACAAAGAUCAAGUACAAGGAGUUUUGGAACUAUGUCCCCCCGAAGGAACCGUUUCGAGUUUGCUUUUCCUACAUUCGCGACCGUAUGACCGCCACCCGUGAUCAUUGUGAAGCCUUGCUUUCCAAUAUGCCCCCGCCCCAAUCAAACCCAGCAGCCCCCAUCUACACGACCAAGGAUGAGCUCCUAGAGCCGCUUAACAUCAUGUAUCGCUCCCUGGUCGACACAGGGGAUGAAAUUAUUGCCGAUGGAAAACUCAAGGAUUUAAUCCGUCGAGUUCACAUCUUUGGCCUCACUAUUGUCAAACUUGACAUUCGUCAAGAAGCCGAAGAACAUACCAAUGCUCUCGAUUUCAUUACGAGAUACAUUGGCCUUGGCAGCUAUGCGGAGAUGGAUGAGGACCAGCGCAUCAAGUUCCUGACAGAAAAUUUGGAAGGGAAAAGGCCCCUUAUUCCUCGUGCUCACUCUGCCACUGGCAAGGCAAAGAACGUACUCGAUACUUUCGAAGUCGUCUCUGACCUUGGUCCUGAGGCUCUUGGGGCGUAUAUCAUUUCAAUGUGCAUGAAGCCAUCCGAUGUUCUCGCUGUGGAAGUUCUUCAGAGGGAAUGCUCAAGCAAUUGUGGUGAGUCAUCUCUUCGUGUAGUACCUCUUUUAGAGACAAUUAAUGCUCUUCAAGAUUCUGCAAUGGUGCUGGGCACACUCUUUGAGAACAAAUGGUAUCGCAAGCACCUUGAGCGACGAUUCGACUCCGUACAAGAGGUCAUGGUUGGGUAUUCAGAUAGUGGAAAAGACGGUGGUCGACUGACUUCUGCCUGGGAGCUGUACAAAGCACAAGAGCAUAUGGUGGAAUGCGCUGCAAAACAUGGAGUUACUCUCCGAUUCUUCCAUGGUCGAGGCGGAACUGUCGGACGCGGAGGCGGUCCCCAACAUCUCGCUAUUUUGUCUCAGCCUCCGGGGACUGUUAACCAAUAUUUGAGGGUGACUAUCCAGGGAGAAGUCAUGGAGCAGGACUUUGGACUGCCUAACCUUGCCUUGAGAACCCUGGAGACGUACACGACUGCGGUUCUCAAGGCAGAUCUCACUGAGCCAGUAGUCGUCAAACCCGAAUACAGGGAACUUCUUGAUAAGCUUUCGGAAGUAUCUUGCACCAAGUACCGAGAAAUCGUUCAUGGAGAUCCGCGCUUCGUACAAUACUUUCGUUCUUCGACUCCAGAGCAAGAAUUGGGCCUCCUCAACAUCGGGUCAAGGCCUCAAAAACGAAAGGAAGGCGGAGUGGAAACACUUCGGGCCAUUCCGUGGGUUUUCGCUUGGACUCAAACUCGGCUACACCUUCCUGUUUGGCUUGGUUUGGGAUCUGCAUUACAAACCGGGAUGAAUGAAGCUGGAGGAAAGCAAUUGCUGAGAGAAAUGUACGAAAAGUGGCCUUUCUUCCGGUCGUUUUUCGAUCUCAUUGGGAUGGUGCUCGCAAAGGCUGAUCCUCAUAUUUCGAGUCGUUAUGAGGAUGUUCUCGUGGAGGAGGAGGAACAAAAGCAAUUUGGUAGUAUGCUUCGAGAUUUACUCGUGGAAACAAUAGAUCUCGUGUUGCAGGUAUCUGGAGAACAGAGGCUUUUGGAUAAGGAUCGCGUGCAGCAGCGAGCAAUCGAGACUCGUUUGGAGUGGUUGACUCCUAUGAAUCUAGCUCAAGUUGAGCUUCUCAAGCGAUGGAGAUCUGUUUCAGUCAAGGGGGUUGUAAAACCAGAAGUUGAUCAACUGAAAGCGAACCAACUCGUCGACGCACUGGUUAUUUCGAUGAAGGGAUUGUCAUCGGCUCUUCAGAAUACCGGCUAG